UUUCGUCACGUUCAUGUGCGGCGUCCGCGGGUGCCGGUGACGCUUCAACUGGUAGCUUUCAUAUACCUCCAUCCCCUUCAGGCGGGCAUGGCCGGCUCGGGAGCCAACACGGUGCGCCUGACCAAGAUCAACCCGAUCUUGGGCAGCGGGCGCAAGCCGACGGGCAGCUCGCUGCUGAAGCCCAACUACCUGUCGGGCCUGCCCGACCCGCCGGCCAUCACGGCCGGGCCCGGCUCGGGCGGCUUCGACCGCACCAGCUCCGACAGGGGCUCCGACUCGGGCCGCGAGUCGCGCGACAGGAAGCGCAAGGACUACGGCUCGUCCGACGGCGGCUCGGGCGGCGGCGACGGGCGUAGCCGCAAGCGCCGGUCGCGCUGGGGCGGCGACGAGAACGACAAGACGUUCAUCCCGGGCAUGCCGACCAUCCUGCCGACCAACCUCAACAAGGACCAGGAGGAGGCCUAUCUGAUUCAGCUUCAAAUAGAGGACUAUAGCCGCCGCCUGCGCUCCGGUGACCUGGGCAUCCCGUCUAACCCCGACCAGAGGUCGCCGUCGCCAGAGCCGAUCUACAGCAGCGACGGCAAGCGGCUGAACACGCGCGACUACCGCACGCGCCGCCGUCUCGAGGAUGACCGUCACAAGCUGAUCCAGAAGAUGUUCGAGCUGAACCCGGACUACAAGCCGCCGCUCGACUACAAGCCGCCGACCACGCGCGUCACGGACAAGAUCGUCAUCCCGCAGGAGGAGCAUCCGGAGAUCAACUUCAUCGGCCUGCUGAUCGGGCCGCGCGGCAACACCCUCAAGUCGCUGGAGAAGGAGUCGGGCGCCAAGAUCGUGAUCCGCGGCAAGGGCUCGGUGAAGGAGGGCAAGGUGGGCCGGCGCGACGGCCUGCCCAUGCCCGGUGAGGACGAGCCGCUGCACGCCAUCAUCUCAUCCAUCAACCCGGAGUGCGUGAAGCGCGCCGUCGACCGCAUCAAGGAGAUCAUCCGCCAGGGCGUCGAGGUGCCCGAGGACCAGAACGACCUGCGGCGCAACCAGCUGCGCGAGCUGGCGCUGCUCAACGGCACGCUGCGCGAGCAGGAGGGGCCGCGCUGCAGCAACUGCGGCGCCACCAACCACAAGUCGUGGCAGUGCCCGGACAAGCCGAACGUCACGAACAACGUCAUCUGCAAUAGCUGCGGCGGCGCCGGCCACAUCGCCAGGGACUGCCGGCAGCGGCGCGGCGGCGGCGGCGGUGGCGGAUCCUCGGAGCGCGGUCGGGACGGCCCGGCCGGCGACGCCGUCGGCGGCGACCGCGCCAAGAUCGACGAGGAGUACAUGUCGCUGAUGGCGGAGCUGGGCGAGGGACCGCCGCCCAGGAAGGACGACAACAACCGCUCCGGCACCGGCGGCUCGUCCGGCUACGGCGGCGGCAACCUGAGCCGCUACAGCGGGCGCACGGCCUUCGACCGCCGCGAGCCGCCGCGGCCGCUGAUGGGGCCGCUCACCGGCAGCAACACGAGCGCGCUGGGCGCGCCGCCCGCCCAGCCGCUGUUCCAGGUCAGGGCCGACUCUGCCGCGGCUGGGCUGACGGCCGAGAGGCCGACGCAGGUCCGGCUGGGGUGA